AUGGAACUCGAAAAAUUCUAUUACGAUCCCUCGCAUUAUGCUGGAUAUUCAGCGACGGCCAAUUUGUCGCGAGCUGCUAAACCGAAUUUCACGCGUAACGAAGUCAUCGACUGGCUUAAAUUGCAAGAUGCGUACACGCUGCAUCGUCCAGUGCGCCGAAAAUUUCCGCGUUUACAUUAUAAUGUGACAAACAUCGAUGACUUAUGGGAGGCUGAUUUGAUCGAUCUACGUAAUCUUAAAAGCUACAAUGACGGCUAUUCAUAUUUAUUGACGGUUAUCGACGCCCUUAGUAAAUUUGUUUGGGUAGAACCUUUACGUGAUAAGACAGGUAGCUGUGUAGUAAAAGCCUUUCAACGCAUAUUCUCGAGAAACAAUGACCGUUUACCCGUAUACCUGCAAACCGACAAAGGAUAUCGUUCGCGCUUACAAUCACACUCGUCCACCAUCAAAAUGCAGCCUGCAGUCGUUACGCGAGAAAAUGCACGUGUAGCGCGUGAAAAUAUGAUUCGUCGUUGGAAUGACAUCGAGCAGAAAAAGAAUCGCGGUUGUAGACAAAAGGCUAAAUAUAGCGCGCGUGAUUUUGUACGGGUCAGUAGAGCAAAAGCAGCCUUUGAGAAAGGAUACGAGGCAAAGUGGAGCGAAGAAAUAUUUCGAAUUCACCGUGUUCUCGAAUGGAGAAAACCGCGCGUAUACGAACUAAGCGAUUUAGCGGGUGAAGUUAUAGACGGGUUUUUUUACGAACAAGAAUUAGCGCCGGUUAUUAAAGACUUGCAGGGAGAAGAAUUUAUCGUCGAGCGUGUGAUAAAAAGCAAGGGUCGUGGAAAUAAAAAACAAUUAUUAGUUAGCUGGCAAGGAUAUCCUUCAAAAUUCGAUUCUUGGAUACCCGCUGAGAGCUUAAAGAUUUUGGAUAAAAAUGAGGGAGGAUGA